AUGAGCUUUCUGUUAAGACCAUUGAACACAGACAACCCCGACGAUUCGGACGGAAUUGUCAAGAUCGAACCAACCGCGGCGUUUACGAUCAAAUCCAAGCUUGCCUCCUGUUCUAAGCCCAAUUUUUCACUUGGAGCCAAGGUUUUCAUUAAUGUCUGUUACGAUGAGCAAGUGCCGAAACCGGACGUCGAUUUUAACCCGAGUAUCGUUUAUCCCUUGAUAAUGAGCAAUAGAUGGGAAAUUCCUAUAGUUACGUCGCAAAUGCGAGAAGAUAGAGACAAGAAAGGUUCUGUUUGUUAUGUGUGGGACUGUUGUAUCAAUUCCAAGUGUAUUCAGUGGAUAGGCAAAGAUUUACAAUUACGUGAAAUUUUGGUAGAAUGGUGCAUUGAGUCCUGUGAAUUGCGCGAAGCGAUUGAAAUAUCGAGAGAUGCGAUUUCAUUCCCAAAAAUGAAGAAAAAGGGUGAUCAUAUUCCAGCGAUUGAGGUACUGGCAAAGGAGCUGGGUCAUAAUUUUGAAAAAGAGAUCCAGAUGUUUCAAGAACGGAAAAGCGAUCCUACGGUCAUUUUAGAACUUAGGCGAGAUUUACUGGAAGGGGAGGAUCCAGAGUAUUCUGAUGAUGAUCGGUUGCCACCUCUAUUCCCGCAAGCCGCUCCGGCUGAAGGUAAAAAACCAUUGAUUCAGGAAAUUGAAAAUUUGACACUUAGCCCUGGGCAUGCGCAAUUGCAAAGCGGAAGUUCCCAGCGUCACUUAAGAGAUCUAAACUAUAGUGUUAUUAUGGGUAAAGCAACGGAGAACGAAGCCAAAAUUAAGAUCGAAAUUUGUUCCGAACUGGCCUCGCCAGACGACUACGACGUUACAUACUGCAAAAGCGACAACAAACUUGUGAUAAAAAAUAAAGAUCUCGAUGUUCACAAAUUAAAAACCAUGGAGAUUCUUUUGCCGCACUUGGUCUCUACUUAUGAGCCGAGGAUGGAAAUGUCAUUCAUCAAAAGGGAAAACAAACUGUCUAUUCUUCUAUAA